CAACCAGGUGCGCACAUUUGUGACUGAUGUCUAAUUGUUGUUGCGCGUGAAUGUCUCUGCUGAUAGGUAUGCUGUGGUCGAUGCUGGCUGCUUUACAACGCUGCUUUCGGCUGCCUUGGCUGCGCACUUCACGGCCAAUUAGUCUCAUGUUCGAACUGGGACUGGACCAUCUUUGGCCUAGAUUGACGCCUGUUUGUCUGGUAGACGAAGCAUCUGCUGAAGAGGCGAAUUAUGUAUCGCGUGUUGUAUCCUGUAUACCACCUUGGCGGGAGACGGUCUUGGGCCGGCAGUGGCACGCUGCAAAAGUGUGCUUUCCCAACCAAGGGUUGUGACGUGUGACGAUGGGGCCGGCAAUGCCAUGCCGGGACUCGGCACGCUAGCAGGGUGCCAGCCUAGGCGGGCCAGGGAUCCUCAGCUCGACAGGGUCCACACACAGGUCUAUCGUGUCGCCUAUUAUUAUGCUUGUCGCCCUGGGAGUUGACCUGCGCUGUGUCGCGGUAGGUAAG